GCGCCCGCCGGCGGUCGCGCGGCAACCGGCCGCGUCCCGGGCUGCGGCCAUGGAGGAGGCGCCGCCGGGCCGCCGCGUCUUCCUCAACCACCUCGACUCCUACUGCGGCCGCAGCAUCGGCGAGUAUUUAUCCAGCUGCGUUGUUGGGGCGACACUUGAAAGCCCAGAAGAAGAGGAGGGAGAUGAAAAUGAUUCAGUUGUUGAGGUUCCUGCAAGGGAAAUCUACGAAAUAGUGGGUACUCUUUCUAAACCGGAGAGUGCUAAUCCACGUUUUGCAAAGGAAACAUAUGCAGUCUCUUCUCGAGAAGCACUCUUAAGCCACUUGCUUGAGUGCGAAAUUGUUUUAUAUAAUAUCACUGAAGAUGCAAACCAAAUUGAGGAAGCAACGUGGGCUGCUUCUGCCCUACAUAAGGAAAUUGAGACUUUUGCAAAACAAAAGUUAUUCAUCCUCAUUUCAACAAUAAUGACCUGGGCAAAUACCAAACCUUCUGACCCUGAAAAUCCUGAGGCUCCUUUUAAUGACGACAAUUUUCGCAAAAGAAAGUCUCAUCCUAGCUUUAUGGAUCACAUAAAUGCUGAAAAACACAUUGUAAAACUCGGGCAAACUAACAAAAAAAAGUUUUCAACUUACGUUGUUGCCUCAGGACAUCAAUAUGGAGCUGAGGAAGGACUCUUUCACUACUUUUUUAAGAUGUGUUGGCUUGGUGAGACUCCUGCAAUACCUGUUUUUGGAGAUGGAAAAAAUGUUAUUCCAACCAUUCAUAUUCAUGAUUUAGCAGCAGUGUUGCAAAAUGUAGCAGACCACAGGCCAGACUUUCAUUAUGUGCUUGCAGUAGAUACAUCGAUGCACACGCUUGGAGAAUUAGUAAAGUGUAUCAGUAAAAAUAUUGGACCAGGAAAAAUUGAGAAGGUUCCUAAAGAAAAUGCAUUCCUGAGCAAAGAGCUAACACAAAUGCAAUUGGAUAUGUUGUUUGUGAACCUGCGAAUGGAACCUAUUUAUCUGAAAGACAAUUUCAACAUUAAGUGGUUUGCUGAGGCAGGACUGAUAGAGAACAUUGCUCAAGUCAUCAUGGAAUACAAGCAAACUCGAGGAUUACUGCCUCUGAAAGUUUUCAUUCAUGGUCCUCCUGGGUCUGGCAAAUCUACCAUUGCUAAGGAGCUCUGCAAACACUACAAGCUACAUUAUGUUGGGAUAAAUGAUGUGAUUUCUAAAAAAAUUGCAGAUCUGGAGGAAAUUGUGGCUAAAGAACCUGACGAGGUGGAAAGAGAAGCAGAAAGAGAAGGAGAAGAUUUUGAAGAGGAAGAGGAGGAGCAUGAAAAUGUAGAAGCAGCCAAGGAAUUAUUAGAUGCAAUAAAAGAAAACAUGCAGCAUAAUAAAGACCAUCUAGGUGGUGAGUACCUUAUUAAAAUUAUGAAGGACAAGCUCAUGUCUGUGCCUUGUAGGAAUCAGGGAUAUGUUUUAGACGGGUUCCCAGAGACCUAUGAACAAGCAAUGGAUCUUUUUAAAGUAGAAGAUAAUGAAGAAGGAGAAGAGGAAGAAGCAGUAGGCAAAAUGCCUAAAUUUAAUCAAAUAAUCAUACCUGAAUUUGUUUUUUCUUUGACUGCAUCUGAUGAAUUCCUUAUAGACAGAAUAAUAAAACUGCCAGAAAGUGAAGUUGCUGGAACUCAUUAUAGUGAGAACCAGUUCCUGCAAAUUCUGAAACACUUCCGCAAGAUAAAUACCGAUGAUGUGACGGUUCUCAACUAUUUUGAUGAACUUGAAAUACAUCCUCAGUUUAUUGAUAUAGCUGUAUAUGAAGAUUCUGAAAACAGACUUACUGUAUCAAAGAUCAUCAAAGACAUUGGAGAACCUCGGAAUUAUGGUUUGACAGAUGAAGAAAAGGAGGCUUUGGAACGCCAGGCAGCUGAGGAACGCCUUGUCAAAGAAGCUCAAGAAAAAGCUGAACAAAAGCGUAAAGAAGCUAAGGAAAGGGAAGAAAGAAUGGCAAGAUGGGAAGAGUGGAAUAAACAGCAAGAGGAAGUGAAAAAACAAGAAGAAGAGUUAUUGGAGGCCCAGUCUGUUCCACUACGAAACUAUUUAAUGCAGAAUGUCAUGCCAACACUUAUGCAAGGGAUAAAUGAAUGUUGUAGGAUCAGGCCAGAUGAUCCAGUUAAUUUUCUGGCAGAAUAUCUCUUCAAGAACAGUCCUGAUAUCAACUGGAAUAAACGUUAAAUCCUAGCAGCAAAAGAAAUUUUGAAACAAAAAGGGAGAAAAUUCCUAAUACAUUUUAGAUAAAAAAUGUUUACUUUCUGAUGUUA